UCUUCCUUUGCUUGAGCUUUAUCCAUCCACCUCCAACAAAUCCCAACUCUAUCCCUCACCAACCACCAACACCCUCACAACCAUCACAAUGGCCGCCCUCCGUGUCUCCGCCUCCCGCAUCGCCGGCCAGAUGGCCACCAAGGCCGCUCGCCCUGCCAUGCGUGCCCCCGUUGCCGCCUCCAAGCGCACCAUCAGCACUGCUUCCCCCAUGCAGGCCCUCAAGCGCCAGCAGGCUUCCAACGUCCUGAACGCCACCAAGCGCAACGCUUUCGGCGUCCAGAAGCGUGCCUACUCCUCUGAGAUCGCUCAGGCCAUGGUUGAGGUCUCCAAGAACUUGGGUAUGGGCUCUGCCGCCAUCGGUCUGACUGGUGCUGGUAUCGGUAUCGGUCUCGUCUUCGCCGCUCUCCUGAACGGUGUUGCCCGCAACCCUGCUCUCCGUGGCCAGCUCUUUUCCUACGCCAUUCUGGGUUUCGCUUUCGUUGAGGCCAUUGGUCUUUUCGAUCUCAUGGUUGCCCUCAUGGCCAAGUUCACCUAAGUUAUCUCUCCACCGCCGGCUGGCAACGCUCGUACCGAUCGACCGAGCUCGAGUUGAGACGGAGCCCGUUGGGCUCGAUGCAUUUCGCGGAGUUUUAUGUCCAGCCACUUCCACCGCGUGUGCUGUGUCAUCAUCAUGAUAGAAGGGGACCUGCUUUGUACUUGAUGGGAUAGACUCUGGGGGAGGUACCCCGUAGAUGGAGUGUCGUCUUGGGGUGAUAGAGUUGGGAAAGCGACUGUUUUCCCCAGGGACCACUUGUAAAAUAAAAAGACUCA